AUGCAUGGCAAGCACAUGUCUAUACCGCAAAACCCUCCUCCUCCAUCAAUCGAGUUCUCUUCACUAGAAGGAAAGAAAAUCUUCACAGAAGCUCUUGCAGAGGGAACCAGGAAUGGUUUAUUCGAGUUAAUUUCGUAUUAUCAGACUCAAUCAGAGCUUGCUUUCUAUGGUUUAGCUACUCUUUCUGUUGUCCUCAUUGUUCUUGCCAUUGAUCCCAGUAAAAAAUGGAAAGGGCAUUUUUCACCGCUUGGAGGAUAUCACGAUGAAAGAGAUAUGGUCCUGAUAUUGGAUUUUGACGAGGAAAUGGAAGAGUUGAUUGAAGUGGUGGCUUAUUUGGUGAAUGACAGGCUUUUGGAGGCAAGAGACGCGUGA